UGGCGGGGCUGCGCUCUUCCAGGCGCGGUGGCUCGGAGAUGGCGGAGCAGCUGCAGGAGCUGACACGGCUGCUGGAGGCCAAGGACCACCAGUCUCGGAUGGAAGGUGUGGGGCGGCUCCUUGAGCACUGCAAGGCCAAGCCGGAGCUCAUCACCGCCAACCUGGUCCAGGUGUUCGAUGCUUUCACCCCAAGGCUUCAGGAUUCCAACAAGAAAGUGAACCAGUGGGCGCUGGAGUCCCUCACCGAGAUGAUUCCCCUCCUCGGAGAGAGCUUGCACCCCAUGCUGCUCUCCAUCAUCGUCGCCGUUGCAGACAACCUCAACUCCAAGAACUCGGGGAUUUAUGCUGCCGCUCUGUCUGCACUGGACGCGAUGAUCGAGAGUCUGGGUGAGCCUCCUGCAUGGUCCCGCUUGGCUCUG